CCUUGUUCCCAUACAAGUCAAUAACUAAUACAAACUGCUCGAAAACCUUAUAGUCAGAAUGAAAAUACUGUCUGACCCCCGAGUGAAGCUUCAAUAUGCUCGAUCAUGUCUCCCGCUGCAUCUGUCUCCCAUGAGAGCCAACCGUGAAAACUCAGGUCCUUGGUGUUACUGAUGAAGUCGAUUCCACCAGGGCUGCAAUUGAAUUCCAUCAAGCGACAUGCCAAUUAUGAUAAAGCCAAAGGGGCAAUUUAUCAAACGCCUUGCAGAGGGAGCCACGCCACUUCUCUCCCACUCACGCUCAGCCCACAGGCCAAGAAUGCCUUUUGCUGCCUCGUUCUCGUCUCAACGUUCUCUUAGAACCACGAUCAGAAACCCGGAGCAGGUCUGCACCUCACUUUUCUGCACUAUCAUACACCUUUUCCUCCGCCGCCGCCGCCUCUCCGAAGCCAUAGACGCUUUCACCGCCAUGAGAGGUUACAAAUUGACACCGCAACUCCAGGACUGGAACAGCCUCUUGCACCAUUUCGGUUGUACAGGGUUAGUCCAUCAGGUGAUGCUUAUUUAUCAAGAAAUGAUCUUUUCUGGUGUGGGACCAAAUGUGGUUACCAAGAACAUAGUCGUUUACACCCUGUCUAAAGUUGGAGACUUUGACAGUGCCCUUGAAUUACUAAGAGAUAACAAGGAUUGGAAAUUCGAGAGUGAUGGAGUUACUUAUAAUACUGUAAUUUGGGGGUUUUGUAAACAUGGGCAUGUAGAAAUGGGGCUUGGGCUGGUAUCGGAAAUGGUUAAAAGGGGUGUAAAUUGUGAUAAUUUCACUUGUAAUAUAUUAAUGAAAGGAUUUUGUGAGAAGGGUAUGUUGGAGAAUGCUAAACUAGUUAUGAACAUGCUGUGUAGUGACGUAGAUAGGGAUGGAACAAUUCGUAGAGAUGCUGUAGGUUUUAACACUUUGAUAAAUGGCUAUUGCAAGGCUGGUAAAGUUAGUGGCGCUCUUCAGUUGAUGGAGAGUAUGGCAAAAGAGGGUGUGUUACCUGAUACUGUUACUUAUAACACUUUGAUCAACGGUUUCUGCGAGAUGGGGGAUUUUGAUAGUGCCAAGGGGCUCAUGGAUGAACUCUUAGAGAGCAGUGAUUGCACAGUUGCUGAUGCGGAGGAAAAACAUGGUGUAGUUGGCGGAGCACGUAUGAAAGCAAAUCAUAUUACAUAUACUAGUUUGAUCAGUGGAUAUGGCAAGCGGCUCCAGACUGGAGAGGCAUUGGCUAUAUACAAGGAAAUGGUUGCAAAGGGAGUUGAUCCAGAUGUAGUUACAUACAGUUGUGUUAUAAAUGGACUUCUUAAGUCUGGGAGGUCAGCUGAGGCCAACUAUGUAUUUCAGGAGAUGAUAAGGAUAGGUGUGGACCCAAACCAUGUUACCUACUCAAUUUUAAUUGAUUUUCUAAUUAAAAACAGUAAUGUAAUGGCUGCAUUUAACUUGCUAAGUCAAUUGGUGGUUCGUGGAAUUGCAUUUGAUGUGGUUCUGUUCACUACAUUGAUUGAUGGGCUCUUCAAGGUUGGAAGGCACGGAGAAGCUGAGAAUGUGUUUAGAAAUCUUUUGCAGUCCAAUGUCAUGCCAUGUCACAUAACCUAUUCUGCAUUGAUUGAUGGUCGCUGUAAAAUCGCUGACAUGAAGGGUGUGGAGUCCGUUCUGCAGCAAAUGAAGGAGAGAAACGUUCUGCCAAAUGUGGUAACUUAUUCUUCAGUAAUUAAUGGCUAUAUGAAAAGUGGAAUGUUUGAAGAAGCUAUUAAUGUACUCUCGGACAUGAUUUCUCAAAAUAUUAUGCCGAAUGCUUACACCUAUGGCCCCCUGAUAGAUGGCUUUUUGAAAGCUGGUAAAAAGGAGAUAGCUGAAGGUCUAUAUGAGGAUAUGAAAAUGCGAGGAGUUGAUGAUAACAUUUUCAUACUCGAUGCUUUUGUGAACAAUCUGAAGAAGGAGGGAAGGAUUGCUGAGGCAGAGGCCUUUCUUAGAGAUAUGGUGUCAAGGGGUUUGUUACCUGACCGUGUUAAUUACACCUCCCUGAUGGAUGGACUGUUCAAAGCAGGAAAAGGGUCCUCUGCGCUUGAAGUUGUCCAAGAGAUCACAGCUAAAGGUAUAGGGUUCGAUAUAAUCACAUACAAUGUUUUGCUCAAUGGGUUGAUUACACUUGGUAAAUAUGAUCUGCAAUCUAUUUAUACUGGAAUGCAGCAGUUUGGAUUGGCUCCAGAUCAUGCUACAUUUAACAUCUUAAUUAAGGCAUAUUGCAGAGAAGGGAAAUUAGAUACUGCUCUCCAGCUCUUGGAUGAAAUGAAAACUCAUGGAUUAAGUCCGAAUGCAAUAACUUGUAAUAUUUUGGUGGAAGGGCUUUGCGAGUCAGGUAAAGUUAGUAUGGCAAUGGAUUUGUUGAGUGAGUUGUCUAUAUCUGGCUUGCAUCCAACAGAAAUUACUCACAAACUUGUGCUUACUGCUGCUUCUGAGACUAAAAGGGCUGAAAUUAUCUUCACGAUGCACAAAACACUUAUUGCAAUGGGACUUGACUUGAGUCUGACAGUUUAUAAUAAUCUUAUCACUGUUUUAUGUGGCCUAAAGAUGCCUAGAAAAGCAGCAUUUGUUUUAAAGGAAAUGAAAGAAGCUGGUUUUCGUGCAGAUACUGUCACUUAUAAUGCUCUGAUUCAAGGAUAUUGCAAAAGCUCUCAUUUGGAGAAGGCUCUUGCUAUGUACUCUGAGAUGAUGGCUGAAGGAGUUUCUCCUAAUAUUACAACAUAUAACAUUCUUCUAGGGGGUUUAGCAGCAGCAGGAUCAAUGCAUAGGGUGGCUGAUCUACUAUCUGAAAUGAAAGAACAAGGCUUUCUUUCAAAUGCUACCACAUUCGAAAUUUUGGUUUCUGGCCACGUUAAAGUCGGGAAUAAGAAGGAAGCCGUAAGGCUUUACUGUGAAAUGAUAACCAAAGGUUUCGUUCCUCGAACUAGCACUUAUAACUUGCUCAUCAAUGAUUUUGCCAAGGUAGGAAAGAUGAAGCAAGCAAUGGAGCUUUUGAAUGAAAUGCAAGCUAGAGGGGUGCCCCCAAAUUCCUCAACCUAUGACAUACUGAUAAGUGGAUGGUGUCAGCUAUCAUCUCAGGAAAAGACCAUGAAGAAAUUUUAUCAAGCAGAGGCAAGAAGGUUGUUUAAAGAGAUGAGUGACAAAUGCUUUACUCCCAGUGAAAGUACUUUAAAUCAACUGGGUUUUGUUCUUGCAAAACCAGGAAAAGUGGCUGAUGCUCAAAGGUUAUUAAAUAAACUAUAUAAGAGAGAGAUAUGAAUAGAUGGAAAAAUGGUAAUCUGGUGAAAGAAAAUAUUAAAAGCUUAUCUGGAAAAGAUAGCAGAUGUCGUGGAGCAUGUGAAGUCCUUUGCAUAAAAGGUCGAAAUUCACGGAA